AUGGCCGACCCGAAUCGCAUCCCGCGUCGCAAGCCCGUGCCCUCGGCUCAGCCUUUGAACGAGGACUGGGCCAAGGACCUGACGGUGCAGUUCCGCCGCACGCUGUCGACGAAGCGUAUGAAUGAGUUGAGCAGUCGUCCGGGCUCUAUCCGCCGUGCAUCGUCCCGUCGAGCAACCCCGGCGCUCGUAGUGGUGCCUCAUUCGCAAUCACAGUCGCAACCUCUGCCGCCAUCUCGAGAAGCACCUGCCAUACCCGGCGCAUUGGAUAGCGUAGCACGACCCAGCUCUCCACCACCCGCAUACUCCUCGCUCAAGAACAUCCCGACCCUCAUCACACCGCCCACAGACCAAAAGUCAUUACGCUUCCGCCAUCUGCUCAUGGGCCUGUCCAGCACGCCAAUGAAAUGGGAGAAUCCGGGUCUAUUGGACGAAGCGCUCGGCGUCAUUCCUCUCCAGCGCAUCUACGAUGAGGCGCAGGAAGAAUCUGACAUGUACGAAGCCGAAGCUCAAUCAUUAGGUCCCAAAACCAAAGCUGCCUGGGGAUACCAGGACUGUGUGGUCAAAGCAUUGAUGAAGUGGUUCAAACGAGAUUUCUUUGAGUGGGUCAACCAUCCCAAAUGCUCGGCUUGCCGUGCGCCAACCGCCAGCAUGACCUUUUCUGCGCCCUUGCCCGACGAGCAAGCCAGAGGCGCCAGCCGGGUUGAGCUGUAUCAAUGCAGCAACCCACAAUGCCAGUCUUUUGAACGAUUCCCUCGCUACAACGAUGCAUUUGUACUGCUUCAGACUCGAAGAGGCCGAGUGGGCGAAUGGGCCAACUGCUUCACCAUGCUUUGUCGAGCUAUUGGCAGCAGGGUCAGAURGGUAUGGAACGCAGAGGACCACGUCUGGACUGAGGUCUGGAGUGCACACCGCGAAAGAUGGGUGCAUGUGGACGUUUGUGAGGAAGCAUGGGAUGCUCCCCUGCUUUACUCUCGAGGUUGGAAUAAGAAGAUGUCGUACUGCAUAGCCUUCUCGGCAGAUGGCUGUGCAGAUGUGACUCGCCGCUAUGUGCGCAAUCCGAACCAACACGCGCUGCCUCGCAACAGAUGUGCGGAGGGUGUCUUGGCACAUAUCAUCGGCGAGAUCAAGGCGCUACGGCGCAGAGACAUGGACAAGAUGGAGCGAUUCCGUUUGGUCAAGGAAGACAUGCAAGAGGAGGAGUACCUUCGUUCACUCAUUAUCGAAGCUAUCGCAUACAGCGUUAGCAGGAUCGUUCCAGGCGCGGCAGACAGCACCAAAGGCGACAGGGCGCCGCGCACUGAUCCCGACGCACAGAAGGCUGCUGAGCAACAGCAGGAGCGAGCUCGCCUGAGAAACAUUCGCCGCCCGAACCCCAGCAGUCAGCUACCACCGGAUCGGGACCAACGUCAGCAAUAA